UCCGUUCUGUCAAACUAAUAAUUAUGUUGUCGUCCCUUUCUUUUUUCUUUCACCUACGUGUGAAGACAUCGCGUAAAUCCCGUCGGUGUAAAAUAAGAAUAAAUUUUUGUUAAAAUGGGUUUCGUUAAAGUAGUCAAGAACAAGCAGUACUUCAAGCGUUAUCAAGUUAAAUUCCGUAGGCGUCGUGAGGGUAAAACUGAUUACUAUGCCCGGAAACGCUUGAUCUUCCAAGACAAGAACAAGUACAACACACCCAAAUAUCGCCUAAUUGUACGUCUGUCCAAUAAGGAUAUCACUGUACAAAUCGCUUAUGCCAGAAUUGAAGGUGAUCGUGUUGUCUGCGCUGCUUACUCCCAUGAGUUGCCCAAGUACGGCGUUAAGGUCGGUUUGACCAACUACGCUGCAGCAUACUGUACUGGUUUGUUGGUUGCUCGUCGCAUUCUCAACAAAUUGGGUCUGGAUACCCUGUAUGGUGGUUGUACUGAAGUUACCGGUGAAGAAUACAAUGUCGAACCAGUUGAUGAAGGUCCAGGUGCUUUCCGUUGUUACCUGGAUGUUGGUCUUGCCCGUACAACUACUGGUGCUCGUGUAUUCGGUGCCAUGAAGGGUGCUGUUGAUGGUGGUUUGAACAUCCCUCACUCUGUGAAACGUUUCCCCGGUUACAGCGCUGAGGCCAAGAGCUUCAAUGCUGAUGUGCACCGUGCACAUAUUUUCGGUCAACAUGUUGCCGAUUACAUGCGUACAUUAGAGGAAAAUGAUGAGGAGAGCUUCAAGCGCCAAUUCAGCCGUUACAUCAAGUUGGGAAUCCGUGCUGAUGAUCUUGAAACUAUCUACAAAAAAGCCCACCAAUCCAUUCGCGCUGAUCCUACCCACAAGAAGAAGGAACAGAAGAGCGGCGGCGUGAAGAAACGGUGGAAUGCUAAGAAACUCACUAAUGAACAGCGUAAGGUUAAGGUUGCUGAACACAAGGCUGCCUACGUUGCUAAGCUCAAGUCCGAAUCUGAGGCUUAAAUGCGUUUAUACGGACAAGUGGGGAAAUUUGAAAUAUUUUUCUCUAAACUUUAUUAUUAUUACAAUAAUAAUAUAGGUUUUUAUUUACAGUAAAAA